CCAUUAACCAAACGACUCAGAUAAAAAUAAAUCGAACUCGAAGAAACGAAAAAAGAACUAAAAGUGGACUGAACAAAAUUCCGAAGAUUCGAUCCUCGGCCAGAGAGCAAAAUAUGUGCAAUGUCAAAAUUUGUUUUCGAUAGUAUGCUGCCAAAGUAUUCACAGUUCCAGCCGUUUAUCAGUUCGCACCACCUAACCACCACCCCCCCGAAUUCGUCAUCUGCAGCAGUUGCCGCCGCCCUAGCCGCCGCCGCCGCCUCUGCCUCCGCCAGCGUUUCAGCCAGCAGCAGCAGCAAUAGCAACAGCAACACCAACAACAACACCAGCAGCAGCAACAACGCCAGUGGCAGCAACACUAGCAACAACAACAACAGCAGCAGCAGUCCCAGCAGCAGCAAUCUCAAUUUGAGCGGAGGAUCUUUAUCCCCCAGCCAUUUGAGCCAACAUUUGGGCCAAUCGCCCCACUCGCCUGUGUCCUCGUCGUCGCCCUUCCAACAACACCACCACCCACAGGUGCAGCAGCAACACCUGAGCCUGAACCACCAGCAGCAGCAACAUCUGCACCACCAACAGCAGCAGCACCACCAAUACUCCUCGCUAUCCGCUGCCCUUCAGUUGCAGCAGCAACAGCAUCACAUCAGCAAACUAGCCGCCGCUGCCGUCGCCUCGCACGGCCACGCCCACGCCCACCAGCAACUGCUGCUAACGCCCCCGUCGGCGGGCAAUUCGCAAGCAGGCGACAGCAGCUGCUCACCGUCGCCCUCGGCAUCGGGCAGUUCGUCGCUGCACCGCAGCCUCAACGACAACUCGCCCGGAUCCGCAUCCGCGUCCGUGUCCGCAUCCGCGGCCAGUUCCGUUGCCGCCGCUGCAGCAGCCGCCGCCGCCGCGGCCAGCUCCUCGUUUGCCAUCCCCACCAGCAAGAUGUAUCCGUACGUGUCGAACCACCCGAGCAGCCACGGAGGUCUCUCCGGAAUGGCCGGCUUCACUGGUCUGGAGGACAAGUCCUGCAGCAGGUACACGGACACCGUGAUGAACAGCUACCAGUCGAUGAGCGUACCUGCCUCGGCAUCCGCGCAGUUCGCCCAGUUCUAUCAACAUGCCACAGCCGCCGCAUCGGCGGUAUCCGCGGCCAGUGCCGGAGCGAUCGGAGUGGACUCGCUGGGCAACGCCUGCACACAGCCCGCCUCCGGGGUGAUGCCGGGGGCAGGGGGAGCGGGCGGAGCCGGUAUCGCCGAUCUGCCCAGGUAUCCCUGGAUGACACUAACAGACUGGAUGGGAAGCCCCUUCGAGCGUGUCGUUUGCGGCGAUUUCAACGGCCCCAAUGGUUGCCCCCGAAGACGCGGUCGCCAGACCUACACUCGCUUCCAAACCCUCGAACUGGAGAAGGAGUUCCACUUCAACCACUACUUAACCCGGCGGAGGCGCAUCGAGAUCGCACAUGCCCUCUGCCUGACCGAGCGACAGAUUAAGAUCUGGUUCCAGAACCGGCGCAUGAAGCUGAAGAAGGAGUUGCGUGCCGUCAAGGAGAUAAACGAACAGGCGCGACGCGAUCGCGAGGAGCAGGAGAAGAUGAAGGCCCAGGAGACGAUGAAAUCCGCCCAGCAGAACAAGCAAGUGCAGCAGCAACAGCAGCAGCAGCAACAGCAACAGCAGCAGCAACAGCAGCACCAGCAGCAGCAGCAACAGCCGCAGGACCACCACUCGAUCAUCGCACACAAUCCGGGCCACUUGCACCACUCGGUGGUGGGUCAGAACGAUCUCAAGCUCGGCCUUGGCAUGGGCGUGGGCGUUGGCGUGGGCGGCAUUGGGCCGGGCAUUGGCGGCGGACUUGGUGGCAAUCUGGGCAUGAUGAGCGCCCUGGACAAGAGCAAUCACGACCUGCUGAAGGCGGUCAGUAAGGUCAACUCCUAAGCUGACCCUGACCCACCGCCGCCGCCGCCGUCGCCGCCCAGCCGAGCCAACGAGCCAAUCUUCCACCAGCCGCACCACUAGCUCCACUAGCACCACCACCACCACCACCGCCGCAGGAUCACCGCCAGGAUCAGCCGAUCCGGCGCUCUUUUUCAUCUCCUCGUCUGUGUAACGCGCGAGAUAGCAAGCUGAAAAGCAGAAGAUAAACUCGAUAACUAAAAUACGUAAAGUUUUACAUAGUAAAUAGUUGCAUAAGUCUACCAACCUACAUACACGCAAAUGAGUGGGUUCGAUGGCCCAGGGGCGAUUCACUGGUUGGGGAUUGGAUCUGAGGAUUCUUUCUGAGGUUUCCCCGCGAGCAGUGGCCUAUUUGAUAGUGCAACGCAUGCGAUUACCUUCCAGAUCUCCAGUGAGAAAAUUUGUGUAUCCGACAUUUCUUCCAUACUUUCCCUUUCACGCAGUCCAACCCCUAAGAAUUGGCAAAUCAACCCCCAGUGCCAAGUGAAGAGUCCCUGGGCCAAAAGAGCUCCCCAGUAAUAUUAAUGGAUAACUUGAACUACUUAGAAUAGCGGUAAAUGCUUAAGGAAGGAGUUAGCAGGAGACGCGAUCUAUAUAAAUGAAUAAUGACGAAAUGAGCGAUUUUUGAUAGUCAGAGAACUCCGUUGCCAGCCCGCGGCCAAUUUCCAUGGGAAUCGGUCUUUGGGGGAAGGCGACUCGAUAAGGGGUUCGAGUGUAAAAUUAUUUGCGACUGCUGUAGGAUAACCUAGUUCGAUAUUUAGACCCACGUUCGACUAUGUUAAACGGUAUAUGAAUACAUAAAUAUAUGGAUAUGCUUAAAGAUUAAAGAUACUUACCUAUAGAGUUAUAGAGCGUACGUUUUGUAUCUACCUAUUUAUUGGAAAAUUUAUGUUUAUGUUUUUCGAAAAAAAAAAGAAACCCUCUUCCAAUGUUUUGUUUAAGUGAUGUGUUUACUGUGUGUUUGCUGUAUUUUGUUGUAUGCCAACGCUUGAAUACAAUGAUUUCUUCAAUGCCAUAUUAAUCUUAAUUCGAAAGCAAGUAAACAAGUAAGCAAAACAAUUGCGCAAAUAUUUCCAUAAAUACCAGUUGUAAGAAACGAACGGUAUGCAACAUACCCAAAAGCAUAAUCACGAUUUCAAAUACGUAAUAAUAAUAAUGAAACAUGAAACUAAAUUGGAGUAAGAAGGAGCUGAGAAAUUAAAUGUCGUUUGCCAGUGACUAAAAUUUUAAAUUAACUACCAUUAAGUGAGGAAACUAAAAGGCGUCGAUUGAAAGGCCUGCAGAUCUACAAAACGAAAAAAAUAACAAACAGAAAGGAAACUCUGAAAUACGUAUUAGCUUAAGGUUGCAACAACAGACAAACUGUCGAGGAGGCCAAGAAGGGGGAGAUAUGAUAUGAAGGGAGGACGGGCGACAGAACCCAUAUACGUAGAUUUCAAACUUCCCGAAAUUAAAUUUACCUAGCAUAGUCCCUCGCGGAUUGCAAGUUGAAUUAAAGUCAAAAUCUAUUUAUUAUACACAACCGAAGCGGAAGGCUUACACAGCGCGUAUUUACAUAAACAAUUAUUGACAACAAAUAUAUAUGAAUAUAUAUUACAAAUAUAUACAACUAUGAACUUAUAUGUGUAUGUAUAAAUACCUAAAUGUAUGUGUAUCUAGUAUGGUUAACACUAAAAGCAGUCGAGUCAAAGUUAAAGUCACGUUUUGCCCCAAAAACCAGACACCACCAAAAAUAAGCAUCCCCAGAAAUCCCAGCGCACAUAUUUUUCUCUAUGGGAUUUCUAGGUCCCGGUCCCCCUGUUUCGAGUGAUAUGGUGACAGCCUUUUGCCUUUUUUGGAAACCGAGUGGUUUCUGUUUCCGUUUCUGUUCCCGCUUCCGUUUCCGUUUCUGUUUUUGUUGCGUUUCAGUUUCAAUUUUGGUUUAAGAUUAUUAAUGUUUAGUCUCAUUUGGACGGCCUAGCAAAUUAGUGCGUAAUUUGAUAUAUUUUGUUUGAACCCUUAUGCUAAUACUUCUGUUAAUUUUAGUUUAAGUUUAGUUGUGACGAAUUGUGUAUUAUAUAAUUUUAUGCGAUUUUAAAAUGAAUGCGAAAAAAUUAAAAAAAACUACCUUUGUUUCACUCCGACUGGGAAGCAACUGCAACGAGAACCCAUCCAUACGCCGACCUUUUCGAUGAGGUCCAAAAACUUCAAAUCAAACUAAAUAUUAGCUAAUGCCUAACGAACAUAUAUACGUAGAAUCAAGUCGAUACUAUUUACUAACCAACCAAGUUUACUCACCCAGCCGAAAAUAUUCGGAGAUUGCGAUAGAUCAAGAACCCGCAUAUACGUAACUGAAUUAUAUUCGAACUUUAAACAGAUCCUAGUAUUAGAUCGAGGGGCUCC